AUUUUCCUGAUUGAUCAUGCUUGGACAUAUCGAUUGAACGAAGCACGUUCGGACCUGUGCCGUGUUCCGGGCUUGCUAAAUAGAAUGUGCGAAAUUAUGGACAUCGAAAGAAACGACGGUGUUAGCGACACGAAAGUGACUGAAUAUAUUUUGCGACAUCUCUGGCAGUACAGUCAAACAUAUUCGAUUUACAACUAUAUCGAUGACGAAGAUUUAGAAGACCGGCUUCCAAUCUGGUAUGUUAUGGAUGAAUUGGGUUGUCGAAUUCAGCACAGCGACCAUCCGAAUGUUCGCGUCGUUCCAUUUUACUAUUUGACGGGAAAGAUAACCUAUAGCCUCUUAUUCCCAGUGGAACACAUCAAUGCUCAGGAAGAAAUUACCAGGGACUAUGUUGCCGGAUCGCUGUAUCACCGGGCGGAUUGGCGAGAAUUUUAUCUUUUGCCGUGGAUUCAUAAAGAUUUUAGUGAAGGAUCAUGCCACUCGGCUAUCACAGAUGCAGUAUUUUCAGCAAGUCGAAUAAGCGAUUCUAUGCCAGAUAUGAUUCUACCGACGAGAAGUAUGGGAAGCAACGAGUGCAGGAAGGUUUUCAGUGAAUCACAGAAAGUGAGGGAGAUGCUGAAGCAUCCGGCUUUUCAAUUCGUCGACAGCGAAGAGGACGCGGAUGUCUUUUGGUACAACACACCCUUUAAAGAUUUCAACCGGCUAUUAAAACACAAUCCGAAUGUGCUCAUCAACCAGUUUCCGUUCGAACACGUGCUGACAGUGAAAGAUCUGUUGGCAGCUUUGAUUAAAUCACACUACUCACAGAGUCAAGUUGAUCCGGCAACUCUUGAAAUGCGUCCCUCGUGGUUGUGCACCACGUAUAGUUUGGAGGCGGAAUUGCCGCAGUUCGUGUCGUACUUUCAGCAGAGGGCGAAAAAAGACUUAGACAAUCACUGGAUCAUCAAGCCGUUUAAUCUUUCACAUUCAAUGGACACGUACAUAACGGACGAAAUCGGUCAGAUCAUACGUUUGAUGGACAGUGGCCCAAAAGUCGCUUGCAAAUACAUUGAAGAUCCGGUGCUCUUCUAUCGUGAUGACCUCGGAAGUUGGGUAAAAUUCGACAUGGGUUUCAUCGUAUUGCUCAAAUCGGUUGAACCAUUAACUCUGUACCUGUAUGAUCGAUUUUUGAUGCACUUCGCUCUGAAGUCCUUCGAUCUAAAACACUGUGAUGACGUCGAAAAACAUUUCACCGUUUUCAACUAUCUAAAAGAGAAGAAGGUCAAACAAGUAAUCAUUUAG